GAGCGGCUGGACGACGCGGAGGAGGAGCAGGGCGCCGAGGGCGACGCGGAGGCGGAGGGCGGCGCGGGGGCGGGGGGGCAUGCGCGGGGCGGGGCGAGGCCGGCGUGCGCGCGGAGGCGGGCGGGCGUCGGCGGAUCGAGAGAGGCGGGAGCGGGGGCCGCCCGCGACCGGCCUCCACACGCGCCUCCGCCUCCUGAUAACGCGGCGGCCGCGGCGCGGCCCAGCGCUACGCUACCGACCAACUGCUGCUACGGCCUCGCCAUGGACCUGCUCGAGAACGUCGCGCAGGAGCUGGAGUUCGACUUCCACCUGUACAUCGUGUCGGACGGCGCGUUCGGGUCGCGCACGCGCACGCUGGGGCCGGAUGGCGCGCCCUCGGCCGCCAAGUGGAACGGCAUCGUGGGCGACCUCGUGUCCGGCGCCGCGCACAUGUCGGAGGUGAUCGACUUCUCGGUGCCGUACUUCUUCAGCGGCGUGUCCUUCCUGGCGGCGCCCACGCAGAAGAGCGAGAUCCCGCUGCUGGCCUUCCUGCUGCCCUUCAGCCCCGAGCUGUGGAUCGCCAUCUUCACGUCGCUCAACAUCACCGCCAUGGCCGUGGCCGUGUACGAGUGGUUGAGCCCCUUCGGCCUCAACCCGUGGGGGCGCCAGCGCUCCAAGAACUUCAGCAUCGCGUCCGCGCUCUGGGUGAUGUGGGGGCUGCUGUGCGGCCACCUGGUGGCCUUCAAGGCGCCCAAGUCGUGGCCCAACAAGUUCCUCAUCAACGUGUGGGGCGGCUUCUCCGUCAUCUUUGUCGCCAGCUACACCGCCAACAUCGCCGCCCUCAUCGCAGGCCUCUUCUUCCACAACUCGGUGUCCGACUACCACGACCGAGGGCUGCUGAGCCAGCGCGUGGGGGCGCCGCGCGCCUCUGCAGCCGACUAUUACGUGCACGUGGCCAACCAGCAGCUGUGGGAGCACAUGCAGCGCUUCUCCGUGCGGGACGUCCAGGAGGGCAUCACGCUGCUCAAAAACGGGUCACUUGACAUCCUGAUAGCUGACACUCCCAUUCUGGACUACUACCGUGCGACGGACCACGGUUGCAAGUUGCAGAAGAUUGGAGACGCUAUCAACGAGGACACCUAUGCCGUUGGCAUGACAAAGGGCUUCCCGCUAAAGGAUAGCAUUUCGGCUGUGAUCGCCAAGUACGCCAGCAAUGGCUACAUGGACAUCCUUCAGGAGAAGUGGUACGGGGCGCUGCCUUGCUUCAAGCUUCAGACCGACAUGGCGCAGCCGCGGCCGCUAGGUGUGGCCGCCGUUGCUGGAGUGUUCAUUCUGCUGGGGGUGGGCAUGGCGCUGGGCUGCCUCAUUCUGCUGUUCGAGCACCUCUUCUACCGCUAUACGCUGCCCAUCCUGCGCCACAAACCCAAGGGCACCAUCUGGCGCUCGCGCAACAUCAUGUUCUUCAGCCAGAAGCUGUACCGGUUCAUCAACUGCGUGGAGCUGGUGUCGCCCCACCACGCGGCGCGGGAGCUGGUGCACACGCUGCGCCAGGGGCAGAUCACCAGCCUCUUCCAGAAGAGCGUCAAGAGGAAGAGAGCGUGUAAUUUGAACAAUGGAUCAAGUGAGAAAAAUAUGGACAUUUUCCAAAUUAGCACUAAAUGUUUUAAAGUAUCAAGUUACUUUGCAAUACAACAUACGCGAUUAGAAAGCGUAAAUAAAUACAAGCCCUUUCGUGAUAGAAAUAAAAACAAACUAAAUGACCAGGAAAAAACAAGAGACGAGGGAAGGAAACAAUUCAAAAGUGCAGAAAUACAUUUAAUCAAAAAGAGCCUAACUUUUCCAUGGAAUUUUCGAGAUUGGCAACAAUGCAAAACAUGCAGAAAUACAUUUAAUCAAAAAGCCAAAAUAUUUCAAGAUUGGCAGCAUAGCCAAACGUGCCUAACUAUAUUUGACCAAAACGAGCGACGCCAUUUCGAGAGAAUUUCGAGAUUCUUGGGCGCCGCGUCCGCGGCGGGCCGUGGUGGGUCGCGAGCACAGAAGGAACAUGAGCAGCGUCGGCGGCGAAAGAGCAAGGCACAGUUUUUCGAGAUGAUCCAGGAGAUUCGCAGAUAUCAUUAUCGAGAGAAUGUUAAUCUUUCAAAUGUUGUCGAACAGAAUACCCAAUAUUCGUACAUUACUGAACACUCCAAAACAACAAAAAAUUAUCACUUAUUUAGGCAAUUAAAGUACAGUAGCAAUAUUGCUUGUAAUUACAGUCAAGUAGCAAUGUAUGUUGACAUU